AUGAGCGACUCAGAAGCCAAGAACAAAGAUAUCAUUGACGACCACGACCCGGCGGAAGAAGAAGAAUUCGUCCCAGAAGAUGCGGAGGCUGGUGCUAGCGACGAAGCUCCAGAGCCUGAUCCGGAGGACGUCAAGGAGGUCCUAGAAGACAACGAGGUCAACGACGAAGAACCCGCUGAAGAAGACGAGGACCAACAAGCCGAGGUCGACGAGGUCUAUGAUUCCGGCGGUGACUACGAUGAAGACAUCGAGAGCGAGGUCUCAGUCGAGGAUGACGAUGAGGCUGACAAGGAAGAGCCGCGAGGCACGAAACGCGAUAACGAGGACGAGCAGCCGUCGUCGUCCAACAAGAAGCAGAAGGGAUCGAAUGGCGCCAGUAGCGCGGCCGAGACGCCGGAAGCCAACGGCGCCGAGGCCGAGGGAAAGGUCGGAUCGAAGCACGACGACCCGCGGGAUCCCGAGACGCAGGGAUCAGCGGGAAGGCUGCCGGAGGUGGGUCAGCAAGUCGAAUGGAAAGCUCUGCCAGGCUUUGUGGACGGCGAGGUCGUUGAGAUUCUCCGCGAGGAAAAGGACGUGGAAGGGAAGACCAUCAAAGCGAGCGAGGACGAUCCACGGCUGGUGUUGAAGAGCAACAAGUCUGGGAAAAUAUGUGUGCACAAGCCUGAGGCCGUGUAUUUCAAGUAA